AUGAAGGAGUACUGUGGGCGCGCGCAUAUCCACGAGUUGGUGGGUGAUACCAUGGAGGUUCGCGGUUAUGGACUCCCCAAUGACGAGUACAGGGUGACUAAAAUACCGCCGACACUCAAGAAACAUCUUGCCUGCAAAAUUCAAAAAUACGUCAUACGUACAACUUUCUAUGGAAGGCAAGUGGGACUUGGCCCAAUAACGAAAAGUGGUACAUAUUGGUAUAUCGAGGGAGCAAAUUCUAAGCCUAGCCGGGCCGCAUCCUCCGACAUCAGCCUUGUUGGAGUGGCCCUA